CAUCCAUCACAACCACCACUCUCGCACUCCAAGCAGACAAUCACGGUGCGCCAUUCCCACAGCGCUCGCCUCCACACCGCCGACAUGCACAUUCUGCAUCCGCGGUCGCGAGGCACGAGCACACUCUUCACAACCACCCUCGCCGUCUCUUUCCUCGUCGUCGCCCUCCCCCAUCUUCUACCAUGUCCCGUGGACCGACGACAAUUCGCCGACAGCGGAGAGAAUGGAACUGGCCGGGUCAAAAAGAGACGGGUCAAGCAGAUGGACGGAGUGCCGGAGCGUACGGUGGAUGAGAAUGAAGGUGGACGACCGAGACACGAGUGCCCCAUUCCCAAGCCUACGGGGCUUGUUGGACAGCUGAUGGGAUUUGAGCGCAAGGAGUCGCAGAAGCCGGUGGAGGUGGUGGUGCGCGGUUUGACGCCGUCCGAGGCCAGGCGAGGGAAAGAGAGGGAUGGUGCUCCGUGAGUACGAAUCGUCUGCUCACCGAUAUCGAGCUAUCAUCUGGGGCACGACACGCCUGCUUCCUACGUUAGCACACGACGA